AUGCGUGCCGCAGCCGUGCAAUGGGACUUAUCUAGCAUGGGACCGGAAGAGCUGCUUUCUGAGGGCACGAUCUUCUUUCUGGCGAAGGUGCUAGCGGCCGCCAGCGUGGUGGCCUUCGGCCCCGCUUUGGUCCUGGAGUACGUGCCCACAUCCAAGGUCGACGUCCGGGAUGUGUGCAGUGCAGGUUCCCAAGCGGGACGGGACCCGACCCGCGAGCUGCUGGAGUACUCGAGCGCCAGCGUCGAGGACGAAGGGAGCGCGGCCGGGGCCAUGCUCGCCUCCGCGCACAUGUCGCAGACCCCAGAGAAGAGGGUAAGUACGGCCUCCUCGGAGUCCUGCCGAGCCGGAGCGCCCGAAGUCGUGGAGCUCUUCCCGGCAGUUGCUCCGUCGUCAGACUCGGCUGUGGCGGUGCCGUCGUCUCCGGAGCUGACGCUGUACGGGAACCCGAAGGAUGCUGCCACCACCGGGCAAGAGGGGUCGCCGGCAGAUGCCGCGGUUUCGAAAGGACACGCCGUCCUGGUGAGGGGCGGUGGGGGCGACGCAGCCUGCAGUAAGGGCGACCACCACCAAGACCACCACGACCACGGACCGGCUGAUGCUGGGGCGUACGUGACGCUUGCGGUGGACUUCUUGCACAACCUGAUCGAUGGGAUCGGGAUUGGUGCGGCGUACGCAGUGGGGGGCGACGCGGUGGGGCACGCAACAGCUGCCCUGAAGCUGGUGCACGAGGUGCAGCACGAGAUCGGCGACGUAGCGACGCUUGUCCAGUGCGGCAUGAGGUACACAAAGAUGAAAAAAAGAAAGAAGAAGCUAAAUGCAGCCCAGUUCCGUAUUUAUUCGAUUUCGAACACAUUGAAGAGACGGACGGAUCAGGUGCACAAAGUCUUCCGAAACCAGUGA